AUGUUAGUACUUAUCGCUCUUUUCGCUAUCACAGCAUCUAUAGCCUGUGCACGUGCGACACCUCCACAAUAUCCACUAUGGCCUACUGGUUUCAAAACAGAAGCAACUAUAACUGCUUUUGAUGAAGAGAAUCAACCGCAUACUCAUCGAAGUGUAUUUUAUUAUUCUUAUACAAAUAAAACGUCUAGUGGACGUUUACAUGGACAAGAACGACAUGAUCAUUUUGGUUAUUGUUACGGUUGGGCUGUAAAUCAACCAAGUUGCACCAUAUUAAUUACCGAUAAUGUCUAUGUUGUUGCUAAUAAUCUUUGUUGUUUAGCAAUGCCAGGAAAUUAUGGUGUACCUAUUGGUUGGCUUAAAGGUGCAACAUGGCUUGGAAUAGAACAAAUACAUGGUAAAACUGUUGAUCAUUGGUAUUCUCAUGAACAUGAAUAUUGGAGUGAAGUUAAUGAGCCAUUUAAUGGUGUUCGUUAG